AUAAUGAUAAUGAAAUUGACUUAGAGGGUUUUUUCGAAGAAAUUUGUUAUGACGAUGUGGAUAUUAAAGCUUUAUAUGAAAAUGUUGAGGUGGUAGUGAUUAAAAAAAGACAAUCAUUUGAUGAUUUUGAACAAGCCAAAAGUCAU